AUAAGAUCAUGGGCUCUUCUUCUAGAAAUUUGUACGCAGGUAUUGGCGAAGGGCAAUCUACCUCUAGGCCACCGCUUUUUGAUGGCACCAACUACUCCUAUUGGAAGGAAUGGAUGAGAAUCUAUAUCCGUUCCACCAACUUCCAAUUGUGGUUGGUCAUAAAAAAUGGCGAGCAAAUCUCGAUGAAGAAAGUGGGAGAAACCACGGUCCCAAAGACCGAGGAUGAAUUUGAUGCCGAAGACAUCACGAAGGAGGAAAACUAUGCAAAGGCCUUCAACAUGUUGUAUUGUGCGGUUAACCCCGACGAUUACCGAAAGAUCUCCUGUUGCACAACUGCCAAGGAGAUGUGGGACAAGCCUGAAGUGACGUACGAAGGUACCGAUCAAGCCGAUGCCAUCUACGAGUCAAUUGGCGUCUCCAACGUCACAAUUGAUGGGUUAAGAGGUAAUCUCAAAACUUACGAAUCUACCAUUCUUAAUCCAUCAUUGGACGAACAAAAGAAAAAGGGAAUAGCUCUAAAAGCCACCAAGGAACCGGUGGAAGAGGUUUCAAGCGACGAUGACAACGAGUUUGGACUCGUCAUCAAAAAGUUCCACAAAUUCAUGAAGAAGGAAUUUGAGCGGAAGGGAAGGAAGCACGACGGUCCUCCUAAAUGCUACGACUAUGGCGAGAUCGGACACAUCGAGCCGAGAUGUCCAAAAGCCAAGCACGACAUGGACAAGCCCGGCUUCAAGAAGCAAAGAGCUUACAUCUCUUGGGGUGGCGAUUCUGGCGACGAAUCAACCGACCAAGAAGAGGACGAAGCUGCAAACUUAUGCCUCAUGGCGCACGAAGAUCAAAGCGACGACGUCCAAGAGGUAAAUGAACUUCUUAGCCACAUAAGUUGAACGUUUUCCUUAAGAUUCGUUAUAAAGUGAUUGUUUAUGUCUUGGUGUUCUUGUUUGUUAUUUUCAUAAAAAUUGGGAUUGUUUAAGCGCAAUAAACAACUCUUGAUUUAAUGAAAAUAUGUAAUGUUC